AUGAGCAUGGAUAUGGUUGGUAAUGUCUUGCCUCAAGUUCUUAGGAACGAGGCCUCUGAAGAAAAGGGUGAAAUGGCUAGACUUUCAUCUUUUGUCGGAGCUAUUGCUGUUGCAGAUUUAGUUAAAACCACUUUAGGUCCUAAGGGUAUGGAUAAAAUUCUUAGACCUACUGGCGCUGGUCCUAAGGCUGACACUAUCACUGUCACUAAUGAUGGUGCUACCAUUUUGAGAUCUAUGUAUAUUGAUAAUCCCGCUGCUAAGAUUUUAAUUGAAAUUUCUAAGACUUAAGACGAAGAAGUUGGUGAUGGUACCACUACUGUUGCUGUCUUAGCUGGUGAAUUAUUAAGAGAAGGUGAAAAAUUGGUUAACCAAAAGAUUCACCCUUAACACAUCAUCAAUGGUUGGAGAAAGGCUAGAGACUGUGCUCAACACACUCUUAAUUUAAUUGCUAGAGAUAACUCCAAGAAUGAAGAAAAGUUCAGAGAAGAUUUACUUAACAUUGCAAGAACUACUCUUUCUUCCAAGCUUUUGACUUAAGACAAGGAACACUUUGCUAGAUUAGCUGUCGAAGCUGUUCUCAGAUUAAGAGGUUCUGGUAAUCUUGAUCAAAUCUAAAUCAUUAAAAAGUCUGGUGGUUCUAUCAGAGAUUCUUACCUUGCUGACGGUCUUAUUUUAGAAAAGUCCAUUACUGUCGGUUGCCCCAAGAGACUUGAAAAUGCAAAGAUUAUGGUUGCUAACACUCCUAUGGAUUACGACAAGAUUAAGAUUUACGGUACCAAGGUUAAAGUAGAAAGCAUGGAUAAAAUUGCUGAAAUUGAAACUGCUGAAAAGGAAAAAAUGAAGGCUAAGGUCGAAAAGAUUCUUGCUUACGAACCCACUGUCUUCAUUAACAGAUAAUUGAUUUAUAACUAUCCUGAAUAAAUGUUAGCUGAUAAAGGUUUGAUGGUUAUUGAACACGCUGAUUUCGAUGGUAUUGAAAGACUUUCCGCUGCUACCGGUGCUGAAAUUCUCUCUACUUUCGAUAAUCCUGAAAGAGCUGAAAAGAUUAUGGGUAGAUGCAAACUUAUUGAAGAAAUUAUUAUUGGUGAAGACAAGUUCAUUCAAUUCUCUGGAUGUGAAAAGGGUGAAGCUUGCACUAUUGUCUUGAGAGGUGCUUCUACUCACAUUAUUGACGAAGCUGAUAGAUCUCUCCACGAUGCACUUUGUGUUCUUAUUACUACAGUUAAGAACUCUAAGGUUGUCUAUGGUGGUGGUAACUCUGAAAUCCAAAUGGCUCUUGCUGUUGAAAAGCUUACUUAAUCUGUUAAGGGCAAAUAAGCACUCGCCAUUGAAGCAUAUGCUAGAGCUUUAAGAUAAUUACCUACUAUUAUAGCUGAUAAUGGUGGUUAUGAUGCUCCUGAAUUAGUUUAAGCUUUGAAGGUCGAAAUCGCUGAAGGUUCUACUUCCGCUGGUCUUGAUAUGAUGAACGGUGAAGUUGCUGAUAUGGAAAAGCUCGGUGUUACUGAAUGUUUAAGAGUUAAGGAAUAGGCUUUAUUAUCUGCUUCAGAAGCUGCUGAACUUAUUCUUAGAGUUGAUAGCAUUAUCAGAUGUGCUCCUAGAAGAAGAGAUAGAAUGUGA